ACUACGAUAUAUUCCAACCCUUAUUUCGCCAUGGCUACCAAAGCAGAAAUCCAGGACUACACCAAAGCCCUGGAGGUUUUGGAGAACGACUAUCCAACCAGAGAUGGUUUGGAUGUCGAUGCCCUGCUUGACUCGGACAAGCACGGUGCCUUGACUUACAAUGAUUUCUUGAUCUUGCCUGGCUACGUUGGCUUUCCCGCCUCGGAUAUCACUCUUGAUACACCGAUCACCAAGCGGAUCUCUUUGAAGACUCCUCUUUUGUCUUCCCCCAUGGACACCGUCACCGAGCAUAACAUGGCUAUCCACAUGGCCCUCCUCGGUGGCCUUGGUGUUAUCCACCACAACUGUACUCCUGAGGACCAAGCCGAGAUGGUCCGCAAAGUGAAGAGAUAUGAGAACGGUUUCAUUCUUGAUCCUGUUGUUAUCUCUCCCAAAACCACUGUUGCCGAAGCGAAGGAACUGAAAUCCACCUGGGGAUUCGGUGGAUUUCCUGUGACUGAAAAUGGCACACUUCGCUCGAAACUCAUUGGUAUUGUCACCAGCCGUGAUAUCCAAUUCCACACCUCCGACGAAGAUCCAGUGACCCAAGUCAUGUCUACUGAUCUCGUUACUGCCCCCUCCGGCACUACCUUGUCUGAAGCUAACGAAGUCUUGCGUAACUCCAAGAAGGGAAAGCUUCCUAUUAUCGACAAGGAUGGAAAUCUUGUUUCUCUCCUCUCUCGCUCUGAUUUGAGGAAGAACUUGCACUAUCCCUUGGCUUCCAAGCUUCCCGACUCCAAGCAGCUUCUCUCGGCUGCCACUAUUGGCACGCGAGAAGCCGACAAGGAGCGGUUGACACAGCUCGUUGACGCUGGCCUGGACAUUGUCAUUCUUGACAGCAGCCAGGGUAACAGUAUCUACCAGAUCGACAUGCUCAAAUGGACCAAGAAGACAUUCCCUGAGCUUGAGGUUAUUGGCGGCAACGUGGUCACCCGCGAACAAGCUGCGAACUUGAUUGCCAACGGUGUCGAUGGCCUGAGAAUUGGCAUGGGCAGCGGCAGUGCAUGCAUCACGCAGGAGGUCAUGGCUGUCGGUCGUCCCCAAGCCGCGGCCGUCCGCAGUGUUACCUCGUUCGCAGCCCGCUUCGGUGUUCCUUGCAUUGCCGACGGUGGUAUCCAGAACGUUGGCCACAUUGUCAAGGGUCUUGCCAUGGGCGCUUCCACUGUCAUGAUGGGAGGUCUCCUCGCCGGUACCACCGAGUCCCCUGGUGAGUACUUUGUCAGCGGCGAGGGCCAGCUUGUCAAGGCCUACCGUGGAAUGGGCAGCAUUGACGCCAUGGAAGACAAGAAGUCUGGCAAAACCAACGCUGGUACCGCCAGAUAUUUCUCUGAAAAGGAUCGCGUUCUCGUGGCCCAGGGUGUCUCCGGAUCUGUCUUGGACCGUGGUUCCGUGACCAAGUUCAUUCCAUACCUUGUCGCCGGUAUCCAGCACUCGCUGCAGGAACUCGGUGUCAAGUCCGUCCAAGAGCUUCACGACAAUGUGAACAACAAGACUAUCCGCUUUGAACUUCGCAGUGGCAGUGCCCAGGCUGAAGGCAACGUCCACGGUCUGCACAGCUACGACAAGAAGCUCUACUCGUAG